UCCAGAUAGACCAACUUGUGAAGUUCCUUAUUUGUGUACUCUUGGCUUCCACUCAGAUUAUAUCUCCUUGUAGCCAAUGGGGACAAAGCAAGCUAUAGUUGGCUGGGUGUGCUAGGUUGGAGUUUAAACUUUGGACCAGAGAAGAAGAGCUGAGAGAUACAGUAGAAGCUAUUUAGGAAUAGAGACAAAACUACUCAACAACAAAGUAAAUUGGAUAUUUUUGCUGGAUCUCUGUUUUCUUGGGGGGCUUUUUUCGGUGUUCCACCCAAGCAAGGGAGCUAUGGAGCACUACCCAGAACAGGGUUGGGAUGGCAUUGAGCUUCUCGAUUGGCUGUUUGAUCAAAAUGAUGGGAUUCUCCGUCAUGAGGAAACAGGACGCCAUGGCAACCAUCACACCUGGCCAGUCCAGGACCCAAAUCAGAUGCUGCAGCCCGCCGAACAGGCAGACGAUGACUUCCUCAACGCCCUCCUGAGUGGAAGUGAUUCUGUGUCAGGCUCGCCUCUCUGGUCCCCUUCUCCCAGUGACAGUGGGAUCAGUGAAGACCCUCCCUCAGACCAGAUGGACAGCCCUCAGCGCCCCGAGAGCCCCCCUGGGGACGCCCAGUAUUUCAGCAAGAGACCACAAACCAAGGCAGAACUCGAAGCCAAUGUCUCCAUUGACCUCAAUGUCUGGGAGCCUGGAUUACCAACUGGCAGGAUGAAGAUUACACAAUUUCCUUCUGAUGUACAUAGGCCGCAGCUGUCGUCCGGCUUCCCGCUAACAGUUAAGGAUCUGCUUCUGUCUGGCACUCCGGAGCCCGCCCCACACCCAUCCCAACAGUCCAUUCAAGAGUUGAUUCUCAAUGAAGAUGAGAAGAAACUUUUGGCAAAGGAAGGGGUGAAUCUGCCCAGCCAAUUACCUCUGACAAAGUUCGAAGAAAGGAUUCUGAAGAAAAUACGCAGAAAGAUUCGCAAUAAGCAGUCUGCUCAGGAAAGCAGGAAGAAGAAGAAGGAGUAUAUUGACGGGCUGGAGAGCAGGAUGGCUGCCUGCAAUGCACAAAACCACGAGCUGCAGAGGAAGGUGUCCCAGCUGCAGAAAUGCAACAUGUCACUAAUGGAACAGUUGCGCAGACUGCAGGCUAUGGUCAUGAAUACAUCUAACAAGCCAGCCCAGACUGGGACAUGUGUACUGGUGCUUCUGCUGUCCUUCUCACUAAUCCUGUUCCCCAACCUCAAGCCCUUCUCUGACACCCAGGUCAGCCAAGGAGACUUCAGUCCUGUCAGAGUCCAGUCACGGUCCCUGCAGAACCUACAGGCUUCCCGUGUGCUGCAUGUCAUUGAAUCCCCAUUCUCUGCUGAGGACGAAUCAGAGCCUCAGCACCGGCAAUCCCCAGGAGACCGGGGAAUUGAAGACAUUACUGCCAUGAUGGAAAAGCUUGGAGUGAACCAAGACCAGUCCAGUUUGGAGCCCAUGUCUCUAAACAGCAGUCAGGAAGAAAGGAUGGGUCAUUUCCAUGUAGACCCAAUUACGGGUCACAUCGCUACUCUGACCUUGGAUCCCCACCGCUCUGCCAGGCUGCGACCACAUGCUGAUGACAUGUAAAAGAAAGGAAUGAAUUAUCCCUACAUGAAUUGCCCAAAUCGUCCUCCUCCUACAAGUAGAGCAGGGAAUUAUCUGGGGCUGCUGUUGGUUUGAAUUAUUCCAGUUUUUUCAUAUAUAGCCUAUAUUCAGUGUUUAUGUCUUUUCCUUAUUUGUGAUAAUGUUUUUUAUUGGUAUAUGGAUUUGAAUUGUAUGCUGAAAUUGCCUGUCAAGAUGAAUUGUGUAUCCUUUGCCUGGCUGUACUCAAUGCCAUUAUGAAUAAGUGUGUUUGACGCUGUCAAAAACUGGGUAGAAAAGUGAUGAUGGGUACAGUUUUGAUCUCAAUAGAUAAUUUGUAAAAUAUUACAAAGGAUGUUUAAAGCUUUUUUAAACAAAGUUUUCUUUCAGGAAUUGAUUGGAACUGUUUAGAAUAAUUACUAAAACUGCCUUAAAAU